AUGGUGUUAAAUGCUAAGAGAUCGGAUAACACUGCUCUACUUGUUCUCUUCAUUUUUAAUUCUAUGACGUUCCUAUCUCAUGUAACAUUCAUUAGACUGGCAAAAGAGUGGCCAAGUUUAAUGGAAAGUUGGAAUUUUGUUGAAAAAAGGAUGCAGUACGGAAGAAUACGAGUAAAUAUCCGAAAUAAAGUUCUGUGGAAAUCGCUCCGAACAGAACAUUUUUAUCUGUGCAAACUUUGCGCGUCCAUUAACGAUAAAUUAGGAAAUUUAAUUUUAUUGUCUUACGCCACCAACUUAUACUUAAUUAUAAUCGACUGGUUUGGUGCUGCUCGAAUCGAAAGGAGCUUUUUAAAAAAAGCUCAUUACUCUAUGUCAAUUAUUAUUGAUACUUCUAAAUUAAUUGCGGUUUCGUGGUAUGCAGCAUCAGUCCACGAAGAAAAUAAUAACGUUUUUAAAUGUCUGCUGUCCAUUCCAUCAUUUUUGUACAACCUAGAGAUUGAAAGAUUCACAAAUCAAGCGAUUUUUAUGAAGUGUGUGAUUUCUGGAAAAAAAUUGUUUACUAUUACCAGAGGAACUAUCUUCAAAAUAGCUGGUGCGUUAGUGACGUAUGAAUUAGUGGUACUUCAGUUCAACACAAAAUUGAUUCCAAACUACGAUGACGAAAUACAUUACAGUGGUACAGGCUUUAAUAACAGUUUUCAUCAAUCAGCUGGUUGA